GGGCCUAUUCCGGCUCCCGUCAACCGCUUGGCGCCAUUUCGCCCCCAUUCUAUAACUUCUCCGCUUCUUCCCCUUCCCUUUUCGUCCCACAGCGAGUAGCGGCGACGAGAGCGAGAGAUGGGUAGAGGAGAGCGCGAGGGCGGCGGGCUGAAGACGGCGCUGUUGGUCGCCGGAGGGCUGGUGCUCGGCUGGCUGACGAUGGAGACGGCCUUCAAACCUUUCCUUGAUCGCGUCCGCGGCUCCAUCGCCCGCUCCGAUCCCGCCAGGGACCCCGACGACGACGCCGACGGGUCCUCCGGAGUCAACGUAUCCGACGAGGACGAGAAGGCCGAGGUAGUAGCGAAAUCUGAUUAGAUCGUGUUCAUCCAUCGUACUUCGGUUAGGGUUGUGGAUCCGCGAGGGCUUUUAAUGUUUAGAAAAAAAAGUAAUAAUUUAAUGUACGAAGUGCUUCCUUGUUGACUUGCAGUGGUUAUGGGAUAAUGCGAUCUGGAUUUCUAUUCUCACUUUAAUUUUGCAAUGAGCCGUUGAUGUUUUGAUUA